CUUACCUCCGUGUAAACAAAGCGAUCGCCGGGCUCUCGACCGUAAACUGUCAGUACGGUUAUGGAGGCUAGCACGUGCCUGUGUUGUCUAUAUGUGCAUGUGUGUCAUCCUUAAGUGCCAGAAUGACGAGAAAUCUACCCUUAAUACCAUCGUAUGUUCACGGAAGGAGCCAGGAGAGGAUGAAACCAUAAAAGUAGAAGCGCGAUUCACGCGUAUAACAGGUCCACACUUGUGAAAAUGGAUUACUCUUUACACAGCGGUGUGGCUCUCUGUUAAUUAACGUUAAUGUGAAAUGUUAAAAUUUAAUAACUAUGAGUAGACGAUGAAGUUUUCAUUUGUCACCGGUCGAAAUAUUUGAGACGGAACAUGUAUUUAUUGGUCACUCUAACUGUCCUUAUGCAGCUGUUACCUGCAGGGAUUACUGCGCAGUCAACCGUUGCGGACUUAUCGGCCUCCGCAAGUCCUGACCACUCAGCACUAACACUUGGUAUAGAGAGUUUAACCCCGACCCCUGUCCUAUCGAGUGGCGUGGCUUUAGCGAGUGUGACAGCUUCCCCUCCCGUAGUUGUCGUAGACAGCGGAGGGAGUCAGACACUUGCAUCUGUUCUAUACACUAGUCAUCAAGCCAUUUCACCGACUGUAUCCAAUGGAGGAGGACAGAAUUCCAUAAGUGACCAAACCUUUUCCUCAACUGAAGCAAACGGAGGAGCAAGGAACUCCAUCAGUGACCAAAACGCAUACUCAACUACCGCUAAUACCGGAAGUAGUAUUCACAGUGAUAACCAGUUUGUGUCCUCACAUGCAGGCCAAGAUAUAAAAAGUAGUUAUACGGGUGAGCGUAGUACAGUAUCAACGACUGAGGCAGAUUCCACCGCCGAUGUGUCAAUGGUUUCAGGAAGUGACCACAUUGUUCCUGUUGCUCCCUCGGUGUUUGUGUCUACAACUCCAAUGGUUUCUGCAGUCGAUGCUACAGAUAAUAUACCAGCAUCGACAAACCAUUUGACGCCGUCAUCAUCCAACGUCAACGAUGUACUCGCAUCAGCUGGUUCAACGGUCGCCAUUAUCAAUCCUGCGCCGUCUGCCAGUCAGAUAGCUGAAACAUCUCUGAAUGCAGUGGAGUCGAGUUUUAACAGAGGGUGGUCUAGUACGGUUAGUGUUUCCACCAGGAACGCACUUGCGUCUAUGAUGGAAUCAGUAUCAUCGGCCACUCAUAACACGAUUAUAAGCUCUACCAUCCAAGAAACCCAUCUACCAACUCUCGUGUCAUCGGCAUAUAUAGAUAGCUCCCUUAUUCAAAAUUUCGCUACUGUCCCCCUGCAUACAAGUAAAGAUCUGGUGGUCAUAACAUCGACCCCCAUGCUGUUAAGUAUUGCAUCUAGUCAGACAGUUGUAAAUAAUUUGACAGACACAUCAUCUCCCACCUAUAACAUGGUAAGUUCUUCCCCAUUUAUCAGUCAAGGAGAAGCAUCAUCUGAAUUAUUAGAUUCAUAUUCUGCAAUGUUCGAUAUUACAUCAAAUUUGGAUGGAGUUUCUCUGACUUCAUCAGUACCAAUAAGUCCAACACAACCCUCGUCAAUUGUUCAAUCUGACGUACAAACCACAAUGCCCAUUGUCUUAGACAGUAGUGCACAUAUGUCUGCCUUGUCAAGUAACGUGUUCUCGCAACAUUUGUCAAGUGUUGCGGGCUCUGGCUCAAGCCAGUCAAGCCAGUCAAUUAUGUCACCUGUUAUACCAACGUUGGUGCUUACAUCAGAAUCAGCAACGGUCAGUUUACCUGUCAUGUCAACUAUGUCAUUUGGUCAGUCGUCCUCUUUGACCCCAACAGAUGUUAUUUUACCAUCGUCGGCUCUCCCAAUUAUUUCGGCACGGAGCAGUUCUGACAAUUUGUCAAGUUUCAUAUCAAGUGUAGAUAUUAGUGAAAUAUCACCGUCAAUUAUUGCUGACUCAGCAUCUUACAGUAUGCCUCUACUAGUUUCUCCCACAGUUAUGGGAACUUCAACGUUUUUGUAUUCUUCGAUGUUUGUACCGCCCACUUACGUCACCGAUUCGUCUGCAUCUUUGUCUGGAACCAUUUCAUCUAUAAUGACACCAGUAUUGUCCGAUCUUCUCUCAGUGUCAGGUAGUGUUGGAGGUAGCGGCCCCAUAAUGAAUUCAACACGAACAUUGAACGUUACCGAUGUGCUUCCACACAUGUCGCCAUCGACUAUAUCGUCACCUUACAUGUUAUCCUCUUCUGUUAGCCUUAACGUGAGUGCAGUGUUUCCAACGCUUACUAUGCUUGCGAGUUCUCCGAGUAUGUAUCAAACACCAACACUUUCCGUAUAUCAAUCAUCUCCCAGUAUUAAUUUACCUAUUAUACCGUCAAGAAGCAGUGGAUACACGAGCUCAAUAUUUCCUCCGAUUAUGUUGUCUUCAAGCAUCAACUUCUUUUCCCCGCGACCAGUAUCCGACAGUUCUGGAAGCUUGCCAUCUAUGAUCCCACCAAUGUCAGCGAGACCUACCGGAAGUGCGUCAUCAGUGAUCAUUAGUGAUUUCAUUCGAUCAGUUUCCCUUGCGUCUGACUAUCACAUGACAUCAUCAUUGAAUAUUUCGUUUUAUAGCUUGUCUAGUGUGGCACCAAGUACUAACUUCCCGCCUAUGCCUUUUUCCUCUACUAAUAUAACUGGGUCAUCAUUGACCAUUGUAAGCAGUGUGAUUCCAAGCUUUACAUAUAGUACUGACAUGUACACUUCUACCGCCUCAACGCCCUUAUUAGUGUCGCCAACACCUCACAGCGCAAUGAUUAAUCUGACACGGAGCGUGUCCAUACUAACCCCAACUGAACUGCCCCUUGCACCGUCUAACAUGAACACUGUGAAUGGGACGUUAUCUGCAAGUUUCAGUACUAACUCAAUAUAUACUACCAUGGCAGUAACAAAUGCGUACACUAGGAACAUGACUUUGAUGACCUCUUCAGCCAUUCUUGCAACGUCAGGCGUGAAUAGUACUGCUUUAUUGCCCACAGCUGUACAUCCUACAUCCAUCACACCGACAACAUCAACAAUGAACUAUACAUCAACCUUAGAGGCAUCGACAUCCUUAUCUACGGUGGACAACGCCAGUGUUUUAGCUCCAGGAAGUACGAUGAGUUCCAUGGUUAUACCCGCCAGUACAACUUUUAUGUCCUCCAUGACGUCAACUACGUCAUCACUGAUGCAGUCUUCAUUAAUAGCAACAGUAGUUACUGAACCAACAAUAUUUAGCAGUAUUUCUUCUUCUCAAGAGCCAUCAUCACCAGCUGUGGUCGUGUCAACUCCCAGUAUGACACUGUCAUCCAAUAUGACAUCAGCAGCAAAUCUUUUGAGUCCUUUGGAAACUGCAUCAUCAGUUCUGCCAACUCCAAGUGAUAUGUUUUCAUCGAAUACUACUACACAGAUACACAACACAAGUGCCCCUCUGAUGUCAUCAUCAUUGUCAGUGAAUGCGACAUCAACACAUUCAACAUCAACACAUUCAACGAGUCAGAUGUCAUCUGCUGUUACGAUGCCUACAAGCUCCGACGUCACAACUCCAGCAACUGCAAAUGUCACGACGACACCGGCAUUGAAUGUAACAGUAGCGCCUUCAAUUUCUACAAUGCCGUCUGCUAUUGAGAAUGUUACGUCUACACCAGCGUUGAAUGUGACAAUAUCACCUUCAAUUACUACGACGCCAUCUUCUGUUGAAAAUGUUACAUCAUCAGAUAACGUCACCUCCGUGAACGUGACCAUGACUAUGGCGGUGAAUAUGACCAGCAUGAUAUCGGGUAACACCACAAAUAUGAUGUCUACGUCAGUGGUCCCUGUGACGACAACACCUGCUCCCACCACAACAUCUACCACCACGGAACCCCCCACGACCACCAGCUCAUUCAUAGCCACCUUUUGGACUGUAACAGAUAUACAGGUCCCUGUGUCUGUAAACGUGAGUGGUGAUGAUUUUGUAAACAAGAUGGAAUUUGGACUUGCUAACCUGUACGUCACAGCUUACACAAGGAAACGGGACAUAGACGCUAGCUCCUUCGACAGCCGGAAAAAGAGAAAGAGGAGGCGGCGUACUGCUACUGUCGAUGACAUCAUGGUGACUAUGCAGGACGUUAAACGUGAUCCAGCUGGCCCAGAGACGGUGUCAAUGAUGUAUACUGUAGAAAAGGCAGAGUUGCCUGUUCCAUCGGCAGUCAACGCGGAAACAAUCAACUUGGUCAGUGAUCAAGAAAUGGCCAUCGAACUACGAUACGUAGUUACAAAGAAAGCAAAACCGUUGAACUGGGUCGAGCCGGUAACGACGACGACGACUACAGUAGCAACGACUGCAGUCCCUACAGAUAAUACUCAGACCUGGAUCAUCGCUGUCGUCGCCGGCGGUGUCGUCAUUCUUGUCGUCAUCGCCAUCGUCGGACUGUGCAUCGCUUUGAAGAAAUCAAAGAAGUCUGGUGUAGAAGAGGAAGCCGAACCAAGAUUGAUGAACCUGAAAAACGCCCCACUGGAUGAUGAAGAGGAAGAUAUUAGAAGCAGCGGACGUAGUAACUCAAAGUACUCCAGCAUGACAGACAAAGGAAGUGCUUCCAACCUGAAGGUCCAGUCGCCAAAGAAACAGUCGUAUGAGGUUACUUCAGACACGAGGAGUAAGGAGGAGGAUGAACACCUCUACGCCGAGGUCAAAAAAACAAAAAAACCGGAUCUGGCCUCAAGGAUUGGUCGCUCUCAAGGGUCUCAGGAUUUCUUGGGGUCGGAGAAUAUGGCCGAGGAUGUCGAGCUAAUAGAAUCCUCUAAAAAGAAAAAAGGUGAAAAAGGGAGACGGAAAAAUAAACGAAAAGAUGGAGACACGGAGGAUGACAACGAGGUGAUUACCAAAACGAUACAUCCUGCCAGCCUACUGGUUCCCCAGUCGCAGCAUUUCCUGGAAAACGCGUACUAUUCCGCCGAGGAAGAAGAUGAAUUGAAACAAAGGAAAGCUGCAGAAAGGAAGAAAAACAAACAGCGCAUUAGAGAAAAGAAGAAAAAAGAGAAACGUCAAGAUAAAAGUGCGGACCAACUGAUGGUGGAGUAUCUGGCUGCCCAGGAGGAAAUAGACUCCGUUCUGGAAGCCCCAUCAUCCAAUCAAGACCUUCCAGAGGUGUUCGUUCACAAGAAAAAGAGAGGGUCCAAGAGCACACUAGAAGGGCAUGACAAUAUGGCAUUAACGGCGGAAGAAUCGCUGAGCGUCGCCCGCAGUAGAAUGCAUGAACUAUUGGAUGACGCGUUCACACUGAUAUCGCCAUCCUCUGCCAGUAUUGGACAAAACCAACCCCCAGAGGAUGAAGGUUUUCAUUCUCCAAGAACUCAGAGCCCAAGGUCAUCGAGAUCGCAAUUGAUGUUAUUGAACCAAAGAUCCUAUGAUGUUCGAGGUUCAAGUACUAUGAAGCAUAGUCCUCUGAAGAUGGAGUCGUACAAGGGAGAACCUAUUCUACAGACGUGGAGUCCAUAUCGGGCGGCCGACCAGGUAGCCCUCAUUUCCAUGCCAAAUAAGAUGCAAACAACUAUAGGCAGAACACCAAGUGGUAGGAGUAAGCGCCCUGCAGCUGAUCUAGUGGGUUCAAAAUCAAAAGGCAACAAUAUUCCAAAACCUGCAUUUCUGAAGUCCAGAGACAUGAUAUCUACUAAAGGUAAUACGGCUGACCUUUCCUCCACAAAAUCGCAAAACGGUAACCUCGCCAGUAGGGCUGGAAAGGGCAAGUCUGAAAAUACAGAUGAACAGGAAGGGGAGACCACUGAGAUCUUACAACCGAAUGAUCAAUUCGAGGACACAGAAAUAAGUAAGGAAAACUCCAUGUUGCCUUCUAUACGAGCUAGGAAGAUGGCAAAAGCAGCAAAGAAACGUGUCAAAAAUGGUGGCGGUGGUAUGGAAAUGAAAACUUGGAAUGGACAAAAACAUAAAGAGCCGUUCAGAAAUGUGCCAAAUGGUGCAGAUGAAAUAGACAUUAUUUCUAAGAGUGUUCAAAGUGCAGUGACACCUGAAUCUACUGUUAGUUCUAUCAGGAACGAAAUCAGGUCAGGGUUUCCUGAUAAAAAUGUAGUGACUAGUUUUAGUGGACCAGGCCGAAACAGUCGAGCGUCGGGGUCACUAGUAGAUAUAGCAUAACAUUUAGAAAAAACGUAAGUUCAUGUUAUAGAUACAAAGAUAUGUAAACAAUGUUUGAAAGACAUUAAAUGAUAUCUAUGCAAGCUUGAAACGUGAUGAUUCUUUGAGCUUGCAAAAUAUUUGUUGCAAAAAAUUCUAAAUCGAUUUCGUCUGGAAUCCAUGCAUAUACUAGUUUAUUCUGAUUAUUCAGUGUUGGCGUGAGAAAUAAUUUCGAGAGUGAGUAAAUAUAUGAUACGGAUAAAAUGUAUCACCAUAUGGUAUAAUCACUGUAUAUGCCUGUUGUUAUGCAAUACAUUAUAAGUUAUGCCAACACAGUAAAUAUUUGACCAUUUAACAUCGUUUUGGAUGAGAGGCAUGAGUAUAAAUACAUGAUUCUGUGAUAUUUUUCUACUUUGCCAAGUCAGUAAUUAUACAUGUUUUAAUCAGGUAGGGAGUAAUAUUAUAAAACAUUUUGGUUUCUUUUAAGAUUAAGGGUACCAACGAGUUAAACAACAAUAUUGUUACAUAUGUACAACAAUUAUCACUACUGUAAUAUAUUUGUUUAAAACCUUUUCUCAAAAAUUAUUCCAUAAUAAUCAUUAUGUUACAAUAUAUUGACAGAAUUUUGGUUGUUCGGAAUUUGAAUGUUUAAAAACAUUUUUUUUAGAAAAAACAACAACUAGAAAUCUUCAGGGGUCCAACACGGAACCUUUACAUUACAAAAAAUAAUUCAAUAUUUAUUAAAAAUAGUAAUAAUAAUAAAAAAAACACAAGACAAUUUCAGGGGUCGAACAUGGAGCCUAUACAUGACAAAACGUAUUUUUUUACCAGUGUUGCCAUAUAGGAAUGAUAAAAGAGCAUCAUCAAAACGAGUGUACAAUUUGCAAGCCUCAAGGAUAUGAAAAGCUUGAAAGGGGUAGUUACUCUAAGCCACAAAACAAUAUUUUGGUUGCUUCAUCUCCUAUAAAGAAGAGAGAAAACUCCGAAUAAACAACUCGUGGAACUCUUCUUCGCGAUUAUUAAAUCUGUUGCAGUGAUACCUUUUACAUUUAAAAACAUACAUAUAUAAUAUUUUAAUAACAUAGAUUGUUGUGAUAAUAACAAAAUAUUUAAACAAAUCUAAACGAUAUCAAAUAUGCAACGAUUAACUCGAUAUACUACCGCGGCGGCCGAGUGGUUAAGGGAUCUGACAGUCUACAAUCAAAAGCCCUCCACCACGGAGUCGCAGUUUCGAAGUCUCUGUCGGGCAGUCGACAGGUAAUAGCCGCAGGUCGGUAGUUAUUCCCUGGGUGCUCUAGCUUUCCUCCACCACAAAAUCCUGUCGCGUCCUUAAAUUACCAUAUCUGUUAAUAGGACGUAAAAUACACAAAUCAAGUCCUACUUACUACAUGAUUUCAUAUUGUUUUAACAAUGAGUAAAACUAUGCAAGUAUUACUAAAUGCGAUGUCUCAAUCAAAUUAUAAUAAACUUGAGAUAGUGCUAUUACAGUUAAAAAAAUGCAAAUAUAGGCUCGAAAUUUAAAUAAGAUUUUGAUUUAAAUAAUUACUGGUAAUUGUUCAUAAUAUUUUGAACCGAUGUAUUCUGUAAAACAUUUUCCGAUUUAUUAUAUUUAAAUAACGGAAUAUUUAAAAACAAGAUAUAUUUAUACUGCUGGAAUUUAUCCAACUGUGUGAUUCUCAUUUCAUUACCGAUACUUCCACGUAAAAGCUUAUAAAAACAACACUAUAUCAAGUUAACAAUCAUUCGUAUAAACAAACAAGUUUAUGACAGAUGUUGUUAAAUUUACCGAUUAUUCUUGUGAUGAAUUAACUUUAAAUGUCACAUGUAACUGUAUACCUUAACACAUAGUUUGAAAUUGUUUUUUGUUCCUUGUUACAAUCAUUUUGUAAUAAAGAUAUAAUGAUAAAUAUUAGUAUUAUAUGUAGUGGUACCUAAAGUACACGUAUACGUCGGGCAUUUCUAUCAUAAAACAUAUCAUAUAAUUAGAGAAUAUUUAUUUAUGUUAUGUAUUAGUUUUCCUAUAAUUAAUUUCUAAUCUGUUACAAUGCAUAUUAAUGUUUCAUAUAACACAUCCUGUGAUAAUCUUGUAUUAGCCAUGACACUCUCUUGUUUGUAAACUUGCCACAUUGUUAUAUAAUUAUUUAAAACACAAGGACAUCGACUUUGUUAAAGAUAACAUGUAUCACAUGACACAUUAUUAAACUGUUAUUGUUCCCGACAUUUUCGCUUAAUACCGUGUUGUUACUGAAACAUUCAAGCUUGAAGUGAUUUUCGCUGAAUGCUACGAUAUCAUUUACAAUAUGAAGAUAUAUUUAAUUUAUUUUGAUUUAUAUAACAUUACGAUAUUAUAUAUUUAUAAGAUGGUUAUUUUUGUUGGUUAUCUGAAUGUCAUAUAUUUGUACAUGAUUUCGACAACAGCGUUGUGAGAGUUGUUACACAUAAUCAAUUUCCUUCUUGAUUUCAACAAGCAAAAAACAAUAUUUCAUGUAUGCUUGAUUACUUUCAUGUACAAUUUGUUAAAGUAAUUUUCACAUCCGGUGUUGUAGUAAAGUUUUAACCUUUAAUCAGCGAGACAUGAAGGUCUACAGGAUCGUAAUAAUGUAGACACAUGCAAAUACUACAUUGACAAUCUAUAUAAUUAUACGUAAACAACAGAAAUGCUCUGCGCAACAUACAUGCUGUAUGAAGCAUUUGGUAGUUUCGAUGAAAUAUUAAACAUAUCAUUAAUAUAAAUUAAAUUGUAUUUCGAUGGAAGAAUAGUUAAACGUCUUGCACAUGGGUAUGGUGCAUUGACUACCUUCGAUGCUCUGCAUGCGUGCACCUAUUUGCUUAUAUAACUUUAUGUAUUAAGAAUAGCAUUGCUAGAAUAUAUUUCAUAUGAAAUAAAAAACAUGUCUAAAGUGAAAGUGUUUAAUUCCAAUGACAACGAUGUAUUAUGGAUUGUGUUAAUUAUUAAAUAGAAUAUGUCUGCACAAAAGCUCAUUAUUAAAGCAUUGACUGAUUUUAUCUACACAUGUUAAUAAAGCAAUGACAAUGCGUUGAUUUUUCAAUGUAACAUUAAACUUCAAUAAAUCACA